AUGCCAAUGACCUCCAUUGCGCUCCUCCGUAUGCUCCGGGAAUGUAAGAACCUCCGGUUUCUUCUUCAAAUUCACGGCAGUUUUAUCGUCUCAGGCGUUAAACCUCACAACCAGCUCGUAAACGCUUAUUCUCUCUUUCAAAGGCCGGACCUUUCUCGAAUCGUCUUUAACUCAGUUCGAGACCCAGGUGUAGUUCUGUGGAAUUCCAUGAUCAGAAGCUACACGAGAGCCGGUUUACACAGAGAAGCUCUCGGAUUGUUCGGAUACAUGUCAGAGGAGAAAGGUAUUGAACCAGACAAGUACACUUUCACUUUCGCUUUGAAGGCGUGCACCGGAUCGAUGAACUUGGAGGAAGGUUUACGAAUUCAUGAUUUGAUCUCUGAGAUGGGUUUUGAGUCUGAUGUUUAUAUAGGAACCGCGCUAGUUGAAAUGUACUGUAAAGCUGGAGACUUGAUUUCUGCUAAGCAAGUGUUCGAUAAAAUGCCUGAGAAAGAUGUCGUUACUUGGAACAUUAUGGUUUCCGGGUUGGCGCAAAAUGGAUUUCAUUGUGAAGCCUUGCGGUUGUUUCGUGAUAUGCAUUUGAGCUGUGUUGGCAUUGACCAUGUUAGUCUGUACAAUCUGAUCCCUGCGGUUUCGAAGCUAGAGAGGAAGGAUGUGUGCAGAUGUCUUCAUGGGUUUGUGAUAAGAAAAGGUUUUGCUUCUGGUUUCUUUAAUGGGUUGAUCGAUAUGUAUUGGAGAUGUGAGGAUUUGUAUGCUGCUGAGUGCAUUUUUGAAGAAGUUUGGAGGACGGAUGGCUCUUCAUGGGGCACAAUGAUGGCAGCUUAUGCAGAUAAUGGGUACUUUGAGGAGGUAUUGUGGUUGUUUGACCUUAUUAGACACUAUGAUGUUGGAAUGAAUAAGGUGGCUGUAGUAAGUGCUCUUCAAGCUGCUGCGUAUGUAGGGGACUUAGAGAAGGGGAUUGCGAUUCAUGAAUACGUAGUGGAACAAGGAAUGGUUGGUGAUGUCUCGGUUGCGACUUCUCUUAUGAGUAUGUAUUCCAAAUGCGGUGAGUUGGAGAAAGCAGAACAACUGUUCAUAAAAACUAAAGGUCGUGAUGUUGUUGCUUGGUCUGCCAUGAUUGCAUCGUUUGAGAAAGCAGGUCAUCAGGACGAUGCUCUCUCUUUGUUUAGGGAAAUGAUGAGAACACAAGUCAAGCCAAAUGCUGUAACUUUGACAAGUGUGCUUCCGGCUUGUGCAGGAGUAGCUGCUUCUAGAUUGGGUAAGAGCAUACAUUGUUAUGCUAUAAAGGCUGAGAUUGAGUCGGAGUUGGAAACUGCCACAGCUGUGAUUUCAAUGUAUGCCAAAAGUGGUCUCUUUCCUCUUGCGCUUAAAGCUUUUGAAAGACUGCCGAUUAAAGAUGCUGUAGCAUUCAACGCUCUAGCACAAGGGUAUACACAGAUUGGUGAUGCCGGUAAAGCAUUCGAUGUGUACAAUAACAUGAAGUUACAUGGAGUAAGGCCAGACUCAGGAACUGUGGUUGGUUUGCUUCAAACUUGUGCACUCUGUAGUGACUAUGAUCGAGGUUCUUGUGUCUACGGCCAGAUUAUAAAGCAUGGGUUCGAUUCAGAAUGUCAUGUGGCACAUGCUCUGAUCGAUAUGUUCACCAAAUGUGACGCCCUCGCUGCAGCAAAAUGCCUGUUUGACGAGUGUGGAUUCGAGAAAAGUACAGUAUCUUGGAAUAUAAUGAUGAAUGGGUACUUGCUCCAUGGCCAAGCUCAAGAAGCUAUUGCCGCUUUUCGUCAGAUGAAGGUUGAGAGUUUUCAGCCAAAUAUAGUCACAUUUGUAAACCUCUUACACGCAGCAGCACAAUUAGCAGCGUUGAGAUUAGGGAUGUCAGUUCAAGCCAGUCUCAUCCGGUUUGGAUUUUGUUCCUACACGCCCGUAUUAAAAAGUCUGGUUGAUAUGUAUGCGAGAUGUGGAAUGAUCAAGUCUUCCGAGAGAUGCUUUAAGGAGAUAAGAAACAAAGACAUGGUUUCAUGGAACACUAUGCUAUCUGCUUACGCAGUCAAUGGUUUAGCAAGCAGUGCGGUCUCACUCAUCUCGUUUAUGCAAGAAUACGAACUUAAGCUAGACUCUCUUUCCUUUGUCAGUGUUCUUUCAGCUUGUAGACAUGCGGGUUUAGUCGAAGAAGGGAAACGAAUGUUCAAGGAGAUGGAAGAGAGACACAAGAUCGAAGCAGAAGUUGAACAUUAUGCUUGUAUGGUUGAUCUAUUAGGGAAAGCUGGUUUGUUUGAUGAAGCUGUGGAAACGGUGAGAAGAAUGAGAGUGAGAGCAAGUGUAGGAGUGUGGGGAGCUUUACUGAGUUGUUCGAGAACGUAUUGUAAUUUGUGGUUAAGUAACGCUGCAUUGUGUCAGCUUGUUAAACUUGAGCCACUAAAUCCUUCUCAUUAUGGUGAAGAACGGAGAUUAGGAAAAGCUAAUGAUGGAAGAAUCAAGAAAGUUCCUGCUUGUAGUUGGAUCCAAGUUUAA